AAAUGUCAACAUCCGGUUAAAAAAACGGAAUUUCCGGUCAGCAUGCUAGAAUGGAAAAUGACAUUGAAAAGGGAGAUGUAGACAUUUUUAGAGAUACACCUGUACGAUAUUUAGGCUACACAAAUGAGGUUGGGGAGGCAUUCAGAGCUCAGGUGCCCGUGAGAUUGGUUCACCUGAGCUAUGUGGUAGCCAGCGGAUACGUGGUUGCUGACGCUGUUCACAAAGGAUGGGAAGCUUCACAGAAACAAUAUGAAAACAGCAAUAAGAAGCGGUCGCGGAUGGGAUGGGCAGUAGUGGACACACUAAUCUGGCAGGGGCUGGCAUCUGUGGCUAUCCCAGGCUUCACCAUCAACAGAAUCUGUACCUUCACAGGGGUACUACUCAAGAGGGGCGUGUCAUGGCCCGGGCCAGCCAGGAAGUGGGUCACCACGGCGGUGGGGCUUCUCUCCAUCCCCAUCAUCAUCAAGCCCAUUGAUAAGUCUGUGGACUAUCUGAUGGAGAACACGUUGAGAAGGUGGUACCAUGUUGGACCUGUGUUAAAGGACCUGGUUCACCACAAAAGAAAUGAUUGACCAGAGUUGGAUUUAGAAAUUUUAGAUUGAUGUCCCUUUCUCCCUUCCUCAUGCCCACAACAUACACUGUAGAGGUACCAAUGUACCAGUAAAUAAUUGAUUUAUUUUUUU